AUGUCUCUCAACCCGCAAUCCUCCCACUGGGACAGCCCGCAAGGGUCACUCUCCCCAUUUUCCAUCGAUCAACAAAUGAUCAAUUCAUCCACCCGCCACCUGACCUCAGCCAACCUGCUCCAAAUCUACCACGACGUGUUGGAGUAUAGCCUAUCUUGUUGGUUGAGCGACAUGACUUGUCCCUACCAAGCAAGGUCAGGAAAUAUCGCUCAUAAUAAACGCGAACGGGGCUCCUUACGGUCUAAUAUGAUAUAUCAGCGUACCAUCAGGCUCGAUCGUGUCGCACAAUCUUGCAACCUUCUUCAACUGACACACGCCGAGGACCAGGCCGCGUCCAAGGCUCUGCACCUUGCAAUCAUGGCCUUCGCUACGCAGUGGGCACAGGGCAGUCGUCGGCACCGCGAGAAAUAUUCGACCAGGCCUCUUUAUUAUGGCGAGAACAAGGUUUCAAAUGGUAUUACCGAAGAGUUUGACCGCAUUCUUCAGCGCCAAUUUUGGGACCAGGCGCAACGUGCACUUCAAGAAGUCACCGAUUUGGAGUGUUAUAGAGUGGCAUGUGCGGAGAUGAUCUUUGGCUUGACGCAAAGGCCAUGGAGUCCCGGCAAUCGGCCGCCUGGACAGAGGAUGCAAGAACAAGGCCGCACGUUUGCUACAGAAUCGGUCUUGAUAAAAUUGAACGGUAUAAUAAACAAAGAGGGGCCACCAAUAUACUUGGAGAGAGCAGCUCGGAAAAUGCAUGCGUUGAAGUAUCGCUGUGACGCACUCGAUAAGGGCCUCGGCAAACAGUACAGCGGUCGCGAGAAGGGCACCCACGGAAUUGAGGCCAUGAGUGCCGAAGAUCGAGAGACAGUCGGUCUACUGUACUGGAUGGCUAUCAUGUGUGACACCCUCUCCUCGUCCAUGAACGAACGACCCGUUGUGGUACUGGAUCAGGACUGCGAGCACGAAGGGCAAAAGGAGACUGAGGAAGUCGGGAAUAUGGACAAAUCUAUUCAAGGAGGUCGGUGGAAUCUCGAUCUCUUUCUGCCAGGAAACCUCAAGCAGACGCAUCGAACGCACUGGCCUUGUUCUUAUGAGGCUGCAGCUGAAGAUGUAAUCAAGUCAGCGCCGGUCAAAGUUCUUCUCUUCCGCCACCUGUCUUACCUACAAAAUGCCGUUCGCAAGGGUGCCUCUCAAGGCCAGAUCGAGGACAUUAUCCGCAUGACGAUGCUAUUAUAUGAAUACUGGAACAGAACGCACGGCGCCUUCUUUGGUGAACUGGUGCAGAACUACCACGCGGUUCCGCAGCGUAUACAGGGCUGGUUUCUGUGUAUCUCUGCUCACUGGUAUCUUGCUUCUCUAAUGCUUGCGGAUCUGUUUGAAUUCAUUGACGAAAAUUCCCUGGGUAGGGAUGGUGCAACUCAUAUUCGUAUCACCAACCAAGUGGCGAGGGAAAUGAGGAUUCACAGUGCCAGGGGGCUAUCACGUCUGGCAAGAGUCGGUACGCCGUCUACUACAAAUUAUAACAGCUUGGGUGUGCCGCAGAUGUCAGACUUUCACCACGCUGUCAACGAGGGCACGGUCUUGACCGAGCCAUGGACGAUUAUUUUGAUCAGGGCGUUUACCAAAGCUUGCAUGGUCUUUCUAAGUGAUGCAGAUGAGUCUCUGCGCUGCCCCGGGACUACUCUCGGGCACAAUAGUCAUGAUUUUGAGCGAAACAUGGAGCAGGCCGAGGAUUGUAUGAAGGGGUUGUGGCUACUGGGUAAAAAGUCGGAUAUGGCACGAGAGAUUGCCGAAAUACUUUCACUCACGUUAGAAGAAUUGCGGGAUCGUAUAUAG